UCCCCAGAGCUGGGGCAAGAGGGGCUUGGGGCUCUCAGCGUGGCAGGGGACCAGAGAGGCUCUGGGGACAUUCCAGGUGCCCCCAGCCCCCUGCUCCCUCCCAGCCACACCUGCUGAGCCCCCUUUCUCCCAGCAGGCCAUGUCUCCCACGCUUGCCUUCAUCCUGGCCCUGUUAGCCACCCACACUGGGCUGAAGGUGCAGGUUCAGGUCGAUGAAGAUGCAGUCAGGCAGAUGCGGGAGCGCGAGGAAUACCUGCAUCAAGAGAUGACUCAGCUCCUGCAGGAGAUUGAGGGGAGCAGUGGCACCAUGGAAACCCUGCUCCCUUCAACACUGCAGCAGCAGUGGCUGUUUUGGAUCAUUGCAGCAGCCCUGGUUCUGGUUCUGCUUGCUGUGGGCUGCUGGCUGGUGAGAAGAAGAAAGCGUGGCUCUGCCAGCUGCAGUGAGCAGGAGAGAUCCAACAGCCUGGAGAAGGUCGGCAGCCAGGAGAAGCAGGACCCGCCCAGCUUGGAGGUGCUGAAGGAGCUGCUGGAGGACCUCCUCGGUGUCUGCCGAGUGCUCUCCAGGAGGAACUUCAUGCCAGAGUUGCACCCAGCCACCGGGAUGGACACCAGCUCUGAAGCCUGGAGCGUCCAGGAGAACAGCACCGUCUACCGCCCGCUGGUCAUCCUGCGGCCACCCCCCGGCCACUCCUUCAAUGCGGACAGCACAAAGCAGCCGCCAGCCGGGCACGUCCGUGUGGCUCUGGAGUGCCUGUGCUCUGGCGAGCAGCUGCUGGGGCAGAGGUGCUUUCUCCACGCCUCUGGUGGCCAGCUGCAGAGGCAUCAGUGCUGGUACCUGCUGGACACCCUCUGCACAGGCUCCUACUUGGAUGUGGAGAAAGUCUCCUGCUGGGUCCAAACGUUGGUGCCAUCAGCCUGGCUGCUUUUGCCCCACUCGCUGCACUGCCAGCUCACGGCGCUGCCCUGCGGCAAGUCCUGCAGCUUCCAGCUGACCAGCACCUCUGGCCUGCAGAUCAGCCUUGAGAUGGCUCUGGCAGUGCAGCAAGGCAGCUCAGGUGCCUACCUGAGCCUUGAGUAGACAGCAGCCAGCUCUGCCAGCAGCACCGUGUGUGCCAGGGAGCUGCCGCCUCUCACACCCACAGCCAACAUGCCAUUGCUGCUGAGGACUGUGAAGAAAAAUGAGUUGAGGAAGGUGAAGUCAACCAUUCCUCAUGGAACAUUUUUUUGUCUUCUGUUGAGAUUCUUUAGCUUCUUUUUUCGUAAAUCUGAAAAGUUUAGCUAGAUCAAAGUAUGUCGCAAGACGGUCGGCGAUGAAAGA